AUGUCUAAAUACGAGACCGAACUGCACGACUUCCAAAACAUCUUCUCCCUCAAAGGAAAAGUCGUAGUCGUGACAGGCGGAUCUCGUGGCCUAGGACUCCAUGCAGCAUCUGGAUUCCUCCAAGCAGGAGCUUCCAAAGUCUAUAUAACUUCCCGCAAAGCCUCCGCCUGCGAUUCCGCUGUAGCAGCCCUUAAUGCCCUCCCCAACCUCUCCCCUGGCGCAAAAUCAAUCUCCAUCCCAGCAGACAGCGCCAAUAUUGAGGGUGUGGAACACCUGGUGGAAGAAGUGAUGAAGACGACGGAUCAUGUUGAUAUCCUGUUCGCCAAUGCCGGUGCUACCUGGGGUGAGGCAUUUGAUACUCAUCCAGAUUCCGCUUUUGGGAAGGUGAUGGAUUUGAAUGUUAAGAGUGUCUUUAAUACUAUUAGACUAUUUGCGCCACUGCUACAGAAGAAAGGGACGAUUGAGGAUCCUUCGAGAGUUAUUAUCACCGCCUCUGUUGCGGGGAUUGGAAUUGGGAGUCUAGGGAAGACCGCAACAUUUGGUUACUCUGCAUCAAAAGCAGCUGUAAUUCAUCUCGCGAAAAACCUUGCGGUUGAACUUGGACCCAGACAUAUUUUAGUCAACGCAAUUGCUCCUGGGUUGUUCCCUAGCAAGAUGGCUAGCGGACUCAUCAGCCUAACCGGAGGAGAGGAACAAUUGGCAGUGAGUAAUCCAAGCAAGAGGCUUGGAAAACCGGAAGAUAUUGCAGGCUUGGUGGUGUUUUUAAGCAGCAGAGCUAGCUCACAUGUCAAUGGCGCGACGAUCACUGUUGAUGGUGGUGAGGUGUGGGCAAGGGGGGUUAUGGUAAAUGCUACGAAGGAGGACCAGGCCAAGCUUUGA